AUGCGCUUACUAACCUUAAACCUAUUACGAAGUUGUAACUUCGAUCUUAAUAAACUGCGAUUUUUCUGUUCUACUGAAAAGGUUAUACAACCGAAGGGUGAGAUACAAAAGAUUUCUGGCGACCCUAGCUUAAUAGAAUUUCAUCCGUCAUGGAAAGCUGACGAGGAAACAGACUUAAGAAAGCAGGUCCUACGUGAUAUGCGAGUGAUUCCUGACUUUAUUAACGAGACAGAAGAAAUUUCUCUGCUAUCUGAGGUGGAACCGCAGCUUAAACGGAUGAGAUAUGAGUUUGAUCAUUGGGAUAAUGCAAUAGAAGGCUAUCGUGAAACAGAGCGUCAAGCAUGGAACGAGCAGAACAGUGUGACUCUGGCAAGAGUUCGGUCAGUUGCAUUUGAGAAUGGUAUAGAGCUCCUUCCGCAUACACAUGUCUUAGACCUCGCACCUGCAGGGUAUAUUAAGCCUCAUGUUGAUGCUGUUCGGUUCUGUGGUGACACCAUAGCAGGUCUGUGCUUGUUGUCUGGAGCUGUAAUGAGGCUCAUGCAUGAGAACAGUCCUGAUUAUGUCUUAGAUGCAUUGCUGCCAAGAAGAUCACUAUACAUUAUGAGCGGCGUGGCGCGAUACCAGUUUAAUCAUGCGGUUUUGUCCAAUGAGAAAAGUGUAUGGCGUGGGGGGAAACUGGUCAAGAAGCGGCGAGUAGCAAUUAUUACCAGAGAACAACCAAAAAAACCAUCAGAUAUAAUUUAA